GAGAGCUUCAUCAAGACACGUUCUCUUUGUAAACAAUGCGACGACAGACUUUCUCUCCCACAUAAUUCCGUGAGAUAGUAAAUAGAUUCAUCAUGGCUUCAGAAAGGAUAUCAGUGCAUUCUCUGCCUGGUAAGUAUACAUAUUUAUCUUCAAUAAUUAUCUAUGUUGUGCAAUAUUAACCACCAAAUCUAGACCUCAAAAACACCACUGACGAUGCUCUUCCCACCUACCUCAACUCUCUCAAAUUCACCCAGUCACAUAUCCUUUCCGAUACCCGUUUAGCAAUUGGUUAUACUUCUGUCUUGGUCUGCGGUGCCUGCUUUUACUGGGACUACACAUUCGGCUUCGAGCCCACGAAGUCCUACACAGCAAUCGCAGUUGGAAUAUACUUUGUCCUCAAUACCUUCCUUACAUUCUGGUUAUUCUAUGUUGAGAAAGGAAUCAUAUAUAUUGGCACAUCUCCAGAUAAAAAACACAUCAUCGAGAUUUCUACACAAACCAAGAAACAUCAACCAAUUUACAACUUGACAUUCAAGAUUUUUGAAGCGGCGAAAGGAAGAUCUGGACAACCAAAGGAAGAGAGAACUUUGAUAAAACCUUUUAGGGAAUGGUUCGAUGAGAAAGGUCACUUUAUUGUGCAGCCAUUCCAAGAGAUGCUUGCUAGUAAUAUUUCGGUGAUUGGAGCUGUCGAUCCAAAGAGAGUGGUUAAGAAGGAGAAGAAGAUUGAGCAAGAAGGGCAGGCUGAUCAAAGUAUGGAUGAAAAAUGGGCGGCACUAUUGAAGGAGAGUAGCGGUGAGGUUGAGACUUCUGGAGCUGAAAAGUCAGUGGGAGGAAAAAAGAGAAAUAAGAAAGUUUGAGAGGGAGAUCAUGUGAAUUUGGUGGAUGAGAAUAGGUUCGGCUUCAUAUCAGCCAUGGAGUUGGACGAUAUCUUGUCAAAGUCAAUACUUGAUAGGAAAUGGAGCGCCAGCUAUAAAAGAAGGAUAUCUAUGAAACCUCCUUCCAAGCGUAGACUUCCACUGUCCUUCGGGUUACGCAAGUUUGCUUCCUCAGUACAAUACAUUAUAAAUCCUUCAUUCUCAAUCUCUUUUCCCUCAAUCUCUCCUUUAUAUGUAUCCGCGAUCUCUCCGCCAUACUU